GUCAAAUUUGAUGAGAUAGUGUGUAGUAGGUUACAAUUAAAAUCAAUUAAACCAAAACAUCCAGGUAGCGUUGAACAAAGAACUCCCUUCGCGUAUUAUUGGCGGAAGCCUCAGCCAUAGACGUUGUGAGCAGUCAAAUCUGUCGAAUAUGAUUGCUAUCUAUUGGACAACAAUUUAACACCAACCGUCAUCAAGUUAUCGCGUGCCACAUAACUAAUCUCCAAUAAACUCUAAACUCAUUUCGAUGGCGUUGCUCGCAUUUCACGUCUAAAUCACGUACGGCAAACCGAGUGCACUUCUCAUAUAUAAAAGCUCAAUAACAUCUCCGGUACAAGUAGUAUUACAACACACUUCAGUGAACAGUCCAUCGGCAUAAACAGAUCAAAGAGAUCAUCAAACAAUGAACUGUUUCCUAUUCACACUUUUCUUCGUUGCUGCACCGCUCGCAACGGCCUCUUAUGGUUCGCAUUCGGGUGGCGGUGAUGGUGCUUCUUACCUAUCAGCGACCUCGUCGAAUGGUCUCCAUGAAUUAGUACAGGCUGCUGCCGGUGGUGCUCAACAGGCUGGUGGUUCCAUUACUCCCGCCAACGCUGAAAUUCAGUCCUCACCUGCCGAAGUGGCUCGUCUUAGUCAAGUGCAAGCUCAAUUGCAUGCGCUCAACUCCAACCCAGUCUAUCGUAAUUUGAAGAACUCCCACGCCAUUGCCGAAUCUUUGGCUGAAUCUAACUUGGCUUCAAAGAUUCGUCAGGGCAAUAUCAAUAUCGUUGCACCCAAUGUAGUUGACCAAGGUGUCUACCGUUCUCUGUUGGUGCCAUCUGGCCAAAACAAUCAUCAAGUGAUCGCCACACAACCCUUGCCUCCAAUCAUUGUCAAUCAGCCAGCUUUGCCUCCAACUCAAAUUGGCGGUGGACCAGCUGCUGUAGUUAAAGCUGCCCCAGUCAUCUACAAGAUCAAGCCGUCAGUGAUCUAUCAGCAAGAAGUGAUCAACAAGGUGCCAACUCCACUCAGCUUGAACCCAGUCUAUGUAAAAGUAUACAAACCAGGCAAAAAGGUGGAUGCUCCCCUUGUGCCCGGUGUACAAAAGAGCUAUCAUUCUUCUUCAUAUGGUGGUUCAUCAUACUCAGCUCCAGCUCCAUCUUAUGAGGCAGCACCCGCACCAUCUUACAAUGAAGCUCCUGCUUCUUCAUACAGCGCCGCUCCAUCUUACAGCGCUGCACCUGCUCAAUCUUAUGAUGCUGCUCCCGCCUCCUCAUACGAUGGUGAAGCUUCUUAUGGUGCUGCCCCAAGUAGCAGCGGUUACGGCAGUGCUCCACAAUCAUCGGGCUAUUAAAUAAUGCCUAGCUUAGUAUUUUUUCAGUCAUAAUUUAUUUUUACAUGUUUUUUACAUAGGAACUUAUGUCCUGUUCGACAAUGAAAAAAUAAAAAAGCAAUUUUCUCACGAGAGCCUUUGAUUUGUUUUUUUAGGUUAAUACUUCUCAUUCAAUAAAAUGUAAGUUAAGAAGAGCACAUAUGUAACCAGAAAUUGUAUAUGCAGUGCGAACUUAAGUUAUAUGCAAAGGAGUAAAAUUCUCAGAGUAUACAAUUAGGGUUAGAAUUUACCAGAGAUUUUUCUAUUUUACAUUUUUGUGUGAAGAAGAUAUUUAUUUCGUUUAAAAUUUAUUAAGCAACAUACAAGUAUAUGACAAACACAUUCGUUCAUUAUUAAUAGAGCUCGAGAUCAUCAUAAAAAUUACCAUAUCAAAAGUUGUUAAGAAUUGAAAAUGUCUAUGGCUUAUAUCUCAAAGAAAACUCACGUGAAAACAAAAAUAAAUAUAUUAUGUAUA